GCAGUCGUUGCCUUUACGCAGCCUGGCAGGGUAAUUUCAUUUCCACGGGCUGAGCGGGAACACGUUGCUGCUCGCCCGAGAUGUGCGCGUUUCUUAUCUAACAUGAAGCGUCCAGCACGGAGGUAGACCUGGAACAAGACGAGCUCCUGCGCGCAGCGUCUCCUCGCCGGUAGCGCUCGUUUGCCUGGAAGUCUGUCCCACAGGCCGCGGGUCGGGGCUUGUUGCUGGGAGGAGACCGUCCCGACUCCCUGCUAGCAUUAGCUGGCUACGAUGCGCCGCUGCGGCGGGGCUCGGCUCGACACGGCAGGCCUCCGCGCAGCGAGCCGGCUGCUGGCUUAGGCGUUCACCGCGACGGCGCUGAGGGGCGACUCGGACGUUCACCGCAGCUUUCGAGAUGGAUGUUGAUUUGUGUGCUGCUGGGGACAGUACCAGGAGAAAAGCUGAACUGACUGGGGUUGCAGAAGGCACAAUGGAUGCCAUACCACUGGAGAUGUACGACUCCGCCAGAGCAAAAAUAGCUGCCAACCUGCAGUGGCUGUUUGCCAAAGCCUAUGGCAUUGACCAUAUUCCUGAGGACCUAAGGGACCCGUUCUACACGGACCAGUAUGACCAGGAACACAUCAAACCACCUGUCAUCCGCCUGCUGCUGUCCUCUGAGCUCUACUGUCGUGUCUGCACCCUCAUCCUCAACACGGAGCAGGCGGCUUCCCUGCAGUCCCACUUGUCUGUCAUCCAGUCUCUGUCCAGGAAGGGAAUAUAUGUUGUGGAGAGUGACGAUACGCCGGUCACAGAAGGGGACCUGGCCUGUGUGCCCAUCAAAAUGAGUGCUCACAUGCCCAUGAUCGAUGCCCUGAUGAUGGCCUACACAGUGGAGAUGAUCAGCAUUGAAAAAGUUGUGGCUUCUGUCAAGCGCUUCUCUACCUUUAGUGCCUCCAAGGAGCUGCCCUUUGACCUGGAGGACGCCAUGGUCUUCUGGAUCAACAAGGUGAACAUGAAGAUGAGGGAGAUCACGGAGCGAGAGCACAAAGUCAAGCACCACCCGCUGGAGUCUCCCAGCCACCAAAAGUCUCCCUCCAAAUGGUAUUGGAAGCUAGUCCCUGUCCGGUAUCGCAGAGAGCACGCGUCGGGCCGACAGCUACCCCUCUUCCCACUGCUGGAAAAUCUGAUGAGGGAUGUUUGUGACGGCUCUGCACUGCUGGCCGUGGUCCACUACUACUGCCCAGACCUCAUGAAGCUCGAGGAUAUUUGCCUAAAGGAUGUCCCCUCCAUUGCUGAUAGCUUGUACAACAUCCAGCUGCUCAGAGAGUUCGCCAACGAGUAUCUGAAUAAAAGCUUCUAUCUGACAACUGAGGACAUGCUCUACUCUCCACUGGUGCUCAAGCAAAACGUGAUGGUGUUCAUCGCUGAACUCUUUUGGUGGUUUGAAACUGUAAAGCCAGAAUUUGUCCAGCCCCGAGGUUUGCAAGAGUUUAAAGAUGCUCGAGCCAUAGCUCAGCCCAAAGGUGCCCGCCCAUCAGUGCCCAUCUCCAAUGCCACCAAACGGAGCUUUUUAGCCAGUCCUGGUGCUGGUGAUAGUCAGAGCAGCCCUGAAGUCUGUAACAGGUACUUCCUGCAUCCUGAAGACUCUGACCCCCUCAAAGGAGGACCGACCUUCAGUCCUUCACAUCCACUUCUACCUUUGAGACAAAGGCAACAGAAGCAGCAAGGAGAGGAUGCAGGUCAGAGAAACCGAUCGAACUCCCUGACUCAGAUGGACGGACACCAUCGAGGCUCUGUUACUGCAUGGCCCGACAAGAGGCACAGACCACUGUCCACUCUGAGCCCCUUCUUGUUGCAUUCAGCCAUAGACAGUGAUGCAGACGUGGCUUCUGGUGACAGUGUGAGCUUGGCUCGCUCCAUAAGUAAGGACAGCUUGGCAUCCAACGUCACCAACCUCACACCCAAACACCAGGGUUCUGUCCUCCAGCCGCCACAGGCCGCCCUGCGCAGGGUCAACGGCCAUAGCCUACUGGGCAAUGUCAACAUAGAGGAUGAGGAAGAAACUCUGCUGGCAGUUACCAGGGCGGAGGGUCCUGCCAUCCCCAGGCAGGAUGAAGGGACACAAGUCGCUGCCCCUGUAGGGGUCAAGCCCUCGACUGAGUCCAAACCUGCGUCAGAUAGCUUUUACUUAGAACCACUGAUGCCUGCCGUGCUCAAGACGGCUAAAGAAAAGUCUGUAUGCCUAAACAAGGAGGAGGAGAGUGGUGAGGGGCCCCGGUCCUCUGGAAGGGGCUCAUUACGCAAGGGAGAUGGCUCUUCAUCAGCUGUUCGACGGAAAGCUCCCUACAACCUCAACCAAACCUUUACUUCUCGUGGCGAUGAGACAGACUUUUCAGAGGAGCCUCCACAGGAUGAGGCAGGUUUCAGGCCUCUUGUCACCAGCAGCGUAGACCCCCCCAAAGAACCAUCGGGGGGUUUCUACCUGCACUCAGACUCUGAGGAGCCAACCCCUGGCCAGGCUUUGGAUGCUGAUUUGGAAGACCUUAACGAGGAAGAAGAGGAUUUAGAUGAAGCCGUUACCACUAAAGACCCCAGCUGGUCCAGGAAAAUGUACAGUGAAGGAGGUGAAGAAGAAGAAUCGGCCAAACUCCAGGAAGACAUGAAUGUGAAAGAGCACGAAGACAAAGACCUGAAUGGAGGAAGUGGGCGCUCCAGCCCAUGUCUCAGCGGACACUCCCAGGCCAGCAGCUUGGCCAGCGGCAGCAUACGCAUGACCUCCUUCGCAGAGCGCAAAGCACAGCAGCAGCGCUUUGGCAGCAACCACGACCUUCGCACCAGUGCCUCCAGUUCCCAAAGGACCACUCCAGAUGGUUCAGAAAGCAGCGGGCCCCUGGGUUCCUCCUGGAGGCUCAAGAGAGACCAGAGCCCCUCCUCGCCUUUGGGAGCAUGCACAUGUACGGGCGACGGCAGUGGUGCUCCCAAUGUUCUGGCCUCUGAAAUUGUGCAGCUCCGUAUGCAGCUGGAGGAGAAGCGCCGAGCUAUCGAGCACCAGAAGAAAAAGAUGGAAGUGCUGUCAGCGAGGCAGAGGCAGAAGCUGGGGAAGGCAGCCUUCCUCCACAUCGUGAAGAAAGGAGGAGGCAGAAGUGACACAUUACCAAACCCACUCAAAGCUGACAUCUCUAAGGAGGAGCUCAAUGGGGACAAAGCACCAUCAAGUAAGGAUGAUUUGUGUGUUGAUGCGUUGAGAGGGGGCAAAGAGGUGGAGGGACCCCCCCCACAGGGUGCCUUAGAGGGAGACAAUAGAGGGAAUAACGGAAGCUUCUACCUAGAAGAGGAGUUGGACCUGAAUGAGUGCAGCCGCUCCAUUGAACUGCUGAAUGACGCCAUCGGCAGCAUCCAGCAACAGAUGAUGCAGCUGUCGCUGCAGCAAGAGAUGCUGAUGAAACAGAAUGUAAAGUCCCCUUCUGGUGCAGCUCCACCUGCCACCAGCACAAAAAAUGUGGACCCAAAGGCCGGGACGAGCUUCCACUACAUGGAGCACCUUUCUGGCACCGGCAGCGCGCCCUCCAGGAAACCCCCCAAGCUGAGCUCGGGCCGGACGUCCAGGUCGAAACCGUCAGAGCUCAAGGUGGCAAAGGCCUCCAGGACCCCCACCCCCACCCCCACCCAGAGCGGGUCUGACACACUAGCACACCCAAGGCAGUCAGCUGGGGGCAGGUCCCCCAGAACAGAGCAGCACGACAGCCCCAGAAACCCCUCAGCAGGAGAGACAAUCGACAGGCCCGGUUCUGGCCACGCGCGCAGCGCCACCUACAGGCUGCACGACGAGGCCAACAUGCGCCUCCCGACUCGAGUGGACCUGUCGGCAGUGGCAGCAGAAGUGUCCUUUGACCAGUGCCUGUCCAGCACCCUGAGAGAGUCGGAGCUCAAUUCUUCAGACGGUUCAGGGAAAGAGAACGCGCCGUCGGAGGAGGUGCAGCGGAGCAAGACCCAUCUGAUCGAGGUUGAUCUGUCAGAGCUAAAAGCUCCGGAGGAAGAAGGCAGCGCUGAAGAGGGAGCAACAGAGGGAGGCGAUGGAGAGCAGAAAUCAGUCAUGGGCUUCUUCUUCAAGGACGAGCAGAAGGCUGAAGAUGAGCUCGCUAAAAAGAGAGCAGCGUUUUUGCUGAAGCAGCAGAAAAAAGCAGAGGAGGCUCGACUUCGCAAACAGCAACUAGAAGCAGAAUCUGAGCUCAAACGAGACGAAGUCAGGAGGAAGGCUGAGGAGGACCGACCGAAAGAGGAGGAGAAGACUCGGCGCGAGCUGAUAAAGCAGGAGUACCUGCGGCGGAAGCAGCAGGAGAUGUUCGAGGAGCAAGGUCUUGUGAAGCCCAAAACCCCCAAACCGAAGCAGAAACACAGGCCCAAGACCGUCCUCAGAGAGGAAUCCUCCAGCGACAAUUUCUCCAAGUGCUCUUCAACACCCGACAACCUGAGCAACGCCCAGUCAGGAUCCAGCCUGUCUCUGGCCUCCGCUGCCACCAACGAGGCCGACAGCGUCAACUCUGGAGGCGCCGGCUCCCAGCGCUGCGACUCUGUGGAGUCGUUUCCAGGCAGUCGCACCAGUCGAGCCGCCGAAAGAGACUGGGACAACGGCUCCACCGCCUCGUCCAUCACGUCCAUGGCUGAGUACACGGGUCCUAAACUCUUCAAGGAGCCGAGCGCCAAGUCCAACAAGCCAAUCAUCCACAAUGCAAUCUCUCACUGCUGCCUGGCUGGAAAAGUCAACGAGCCCCAGAAGAACCAGAUCCUGGAGGAGUUGGACAAGUGCGAGUCCAACCACCUGAUGAUCCUGUUCCGCGACGGCGGCUGCCAGUUCCGGGCGCUCUACUCGUACUUCCCCGACACCGAGGAGAUACAGAAGCUGACGGGCACCGGACCCAAGAGCAUCAGCAAGAAGAUGAUCGACAAGCUGUACAAGUACAGCUCGGACCGCAAGCAGUUCACCGUCAUCCCUGCCAAGACGGUGUCGGUCAGCGUGGACGCGCUGACCAUCCACAACCACCUGUGGCAGGCCAAGAGGGGGGCGGCGCCGAAGAAGAGCGGCAAGUAGCCGGCGCGUCGCAGCUGCUUGUUUCCUGAAUAGACUGCAUUGAUGCACAGCCGAGCCCGGUCUGCACGCCUGCUCAGGUGGGUCCACGUGGACCCGGGCUGGGCCGUGCGCGUGCGUGUGCGCGGCCCAGCUGAAUUUGCAUCCUCUGCCUGUGAUCUCGGUGCCAUCUGUUCAGGCCGCGGCGUUUUUCUACAACCACGACUCACGCAUGUGGCAUUUCUCUCCAUCUCGUGGUGGAUGUUCGUUUUCACAUGAAGUAUGUUUUAGUUCGGCGCUGCAGCUGCAGCAUUAGACCCCUCCUCCUCUGGGGAGAGGCCUCGCCUUAGGAUCUGGGGACUUUAAGGUGAGGACGCUGGGAGAUUUGUCCUAGGCUCCUGAAUCCAAACCCGUCCCAUCGGACGGUCUGGUCCACGGGGACUGAGUCUGUCAAACGAGGCUGGUUUCACCGGCCUCACCAUGGAUGUGCUGCUCUGAACCCUCGUCUUCAGUCAGGAGGGGCCGGGGCCGCCUCCCUCUGACGCCGUUGGCCUUUUCAUGCAUCGUGGUACUAUCGUCUAUUUAUUCAACCGCUUUUUAAAGUAGAAGCUGAUCGUGUAGCACUGGAUAUGUGUAUAGCAAAAGAAACGUCAUUUUAAACACUUUUAUUUUGUGGUAACACCCCCUGUUUUUGAGGGUGUGGGAAGAGGCCGAAUCGUAGGCCUGGUACAGAAAUGAUGCUUUGGGUUUCGCUGUAGCUGUUUUUGAAUCACGGCCACCUGCGCUAGAGUUCGAGCUGAUGUUAUGUGUUUUCAUCAUAACGGGAAUUCUCUGAUGUUUAGAGCUUAGUUGUGUUUCUCUCCACUGGGCACUUGAAUUGUCCUGUAUAAAGGUGCACUCAUGAACACUGGUCCACGGCUUCUUCCAUGCAUUGUAACUGCUCCCCCUCCCUCCCCCAGCGGGACGCCGCUCCCGUCCUCCACCAGGCGCGCGGCGCGGCCACGCUCGUGCCGCUGCGCUGACAGUAUUUGAUAUAUUCACAGCAGGGGUUCUGUGUGGGGGCGGGUCGGUUCUGUACCAACAUUAAAGAACAUUCCUCCAAGGUGUUGACUAACACUGCCACAUCGUCUCUCUCGUCUUUAACAACAAGUGCUACUUUAGAAACCAUUCGUUGGCCUCGGAAACAACCACAAGUGUUGCACGAGCACUUUACUUUGUUUGUUGGGAGACUUGAACCUUGUGAAGAAGUAAUUAACAAAACUGCUGAUGUGCAAACACUAAGAUUUAGUGGUGACGGGCUCCACUGGUGUGAAACUACUGCUGUCCCCAAAAACACCAGACUCUCUCUGUCUGGCGUCUUCGGGGUCUGGGUGGACGAGGCGCUAGAUCGUUACGCGUGUGAGUGUAUUUCUAUGGCAACUAAAAGAUUGUACUGGCAUUUGGUCACCAUUUUUGUUACACUAUGUACUUUUCAUCUUGGUUGAUUUUAUCUUUGGUCCCAUGCCAUCUAUUUAUUUUAAAAUGGAAGCACUGACAAACAAUAAAUUUUCAAGUGAAUAAAAGUCACAUUUUUCAUUC